AUGGAAAACAUCAACAGCAUCAGCAGCAGCAACCACACCGGCAACACCACCACCGACGACACCACCGACGACGACGACGACUUCCUGAAGACGUUGGAAGUCUGUAUUCCAGUUGGCGCUCCAACUGCAGAAAACUUAGUAGAACACCUUCCGACUUCCGGUUACAUUUUAUUUGGCAUCCUCUGCCUCUUCACCGUCAUCACGAUUGUCAUUUAUCUGGAGGAGAUCGUCUUCCUGUUGAAAACCUUCAGCAUCAGCAGCAGAAAGAAGAAGACUAUUUGGGUCCUGGCAUUUUAUCCGAUGUUCUCAAUGUGUGGCUUACUCGCCUGCUUCAUUCCGCGCUGUGCGACUUUGGUCGAUCUAAUCGCCAAUCUUUAUUUUGCCACAUGUCUCUACAAUUUUGGCCGCCUCAUCAUCAACUACCUCGGUGGCAGCCGUCGGGUGUGGUCCCUGGUGGGCGACGCGCCGAGAAUGGUGGACUUCGCGACACUACCUGUGGCGAUAGUACGACCACUGGCGCUUUUUGUGGCCGCCGUCCUUUGGACCAACGGCUCUUACGUCCAGGGCGAGAUGAAAAUAAGUAGGGCGUUCUUGUACAUCACUGUAAUUAACGUGACGUCGACACUGAUAGCCGUGUACGGGCUGAUGCUUCUUAGGAAGGUCUUCAUGCCGGAACUUGAGAAAAAAUUUAAAAUCGGAGGCAAAAUCGCCAGCAUCCAGUUAUGCCUGAUAGCCAGUAUAAUUCCGAACCUGGUUUUGAACCUGCUACUCGUCAACUCGAAACUACCUUGCACUAAGUUGCUCUCACCUAAGACCAUUGCCGAAGAAAUUCUCCACAUUUCUUGGAUUCUCAUGAUGCUACCCUUCUCCCUAUUGGCUAGAAAAUUUUUCAGAACGCGUGACGACGCCAUUGGCUACGCCGAUAGACCGAUUUUUCUGAUUGGCCAAGAGGCAGCAUCGAAAGAUUUGAUUGGUCAAGAGAGUUCUGUUGCUAAUAAUAGUACAACCAAUAGCAGCGCUACUACCACAACUAAAAAUAAAAAAUAUGAUGAUGAUGAUGAUGGGAGUGAGUAUGAUGACGAUAGAUUUUUUGAUAAGUCUAAGCUACCCACGAUAAUCGUGAAGUGA